UGAUUACAAGAUGAAAUAGAUAAGUUCUCAAUCCCUAGAGUGUACCCAAAAGAACCCCUUUUGAACCCUAGCUUGAUUGAUGUUGAAAAGACCUAAAAAUUCCACUUCUCUCUCUUCCUGACGGCUGCAAAACGCAGCAACACGCAUUUAUAGCAGGUCACCUACGCAUGGCGCAGCCAACAGAUCAAGAAACCAAUUCUUGAAACAGCAAUUGCGCAUGGCGCGGAGCACAGGGGCAGGGUCAGUUUUCUGCUUUUCUGCAUCAUUUCAAAGGCAAUUCCAACAGUAAAGUAAUAUAAAGCCAAGAUUCCAAUUAGACAUUGAUAGUAAGAUAGGAUUAUGAAUAGUAUACUCCCUCCCUCCGUCCCAAAAUGUAAAUAAAAGGUGAUCAACAAAAGUGAAUGUAUUUGGUUAUAUUUUUGGACGGAGAGAGUAUAUUACUAGCAAUGUAGCAUAUAUAGGUAUAGACCAAACAUAUUAGGCAUACAUGGAAUUAGAAAUGGAGUGGAUGGAUAAAAUCAAUGAGGAGGUAAAGAACAAUGGUCAUGAUGAGAAGGAACAAUGGAGGAAGCAUUCAAUUUACAAAAUACCUUCACAAAUCACGGAUUUGAACGAAAAAGCCUACAAACCACGAGCAAUUUCCUUUGGUCCUUACCAUAAUGGGGAGGAGAAAUUAAAGGCUAUGGAAGAACACAAGCAUAGAGUCCUUGUUCAUUUCUUAAAGAGAUGUAAGAAACCUAUUGAGUUGUUAUUUCAAUGCUUGGAUCAAGUGGCUCAAGAGUUGAGAGACUCGUAUAAGCCACUAGAUCUAAUUUGGACAAAUGACACUCCAAAAUUCAUUCAAAUGAUGAUUCUUGAUGGUUGCUUCAUUUUGGAGAUUUUGAGAGUACAUAAUUCUGAAAUUCCAUUUGACGACUAUGGUGAGAAUGAUCUUGUGUUUGGUAAACGUGGGACACUUCGUGUGUUGCCAUUUGUAGAGCGUGACAUGCUUAUGCUUGAGAAUCAAAUACCUAUGAUAGUUCUUCAUAUAUUAAGUGAGUUUGCGGGUGAGGGAGAUCAUCAUGAGUUAAACAUGAAAAUCAUAAAGUUGUUAAACCCAAUAUUUCUUGACCAUGCCUCCACAUUAUUAAACGAGAAAAUCAUAGAGUUGGGGAAAUGCAUGCAUAUAUUGGACUUGUACAGAAAAACUUUGAUACAAGAACCAAGUCACACAACACCCACCCCCAAAAUAACAAGGGCGGAGAAAAGAGGAGAAGAUUAUAGCAUCAAUGAUGCAUCCGCAAGAAAGCUCCAAGAGUCUGGAAUACAUUUCCAAAAAAGUAAAACAAGUAGCCUCAGGGAUUUUUGGUUCAGCGAAGGUGUUCUUUGGCUCCCAAGAUUGAUCAUAGACGAUAACACAGAAUACAUGUUCCUUAACCUCAUGGCAUUCGAGCGCCUCCACAAUGGAGCUGGUAACGAGAUAACAUCGUUUAUAUUGUUUAUGGACGCCAUUGUUGAUAGUGUGGCGGAUGUUUCAAUCCUCAAUGGAAAGGGGAUCCUAAUGAACACUCUUGGGACAAAUGAAACUGUUGCCGAAUUGUUCAACUCAAUGUCCAAAGAAAUGCCAAUAGCAUGCGAUGAAAAAAUUAAUAAGGUGACGGAGGAUAUAUAUCGCUUUUGUAAGAAACCGUGGAAACGUUGGCGUGCUAGUCUCGUCGAAACCUAUUUUAGGAACCCUUGGACUAUGGUGUCUCUUGUUGCUGGAAUAAUCUUUUUUGUUCUAACUAUUGUUCAGACUAUAUACACUAUUCUUUCAUUUUAUCAUGAUUGCUAGCCCAGCUCAACUAAGUCACCUUAUUCUUGGGUCGUCGCUAAAGUCACCACUAAAAGUGUUUGUUACAUAAUAUUAAUACAUUAGCGACGAAUAUCACCUCUCUAAUUUUAUUUUUCUACUAGUGCACACCACACCUACAAUGUAAUUUCUUUCUUUACUAAUUUGGUCUGUAUUUCUUGUUUGCUUUUCAUUUUGAUUAUUAAUUUCAUGUGUUACACGUUUAAUUUGUAAUUGUAAUUUUAUAUUAAAUUGUUGUUCCCAUUAAUAAUUGGAUUGAUG